AUGGCUGGCUUCCGGUCGUGGCGUAAGCAAUAUGGAGUAAGAUCCUUCAAAGAGGAUAUAUUCAACGCAGAUGAGACGGCUCUGUACUAUCGGGCUUUACCACGAAGAACACUAGAGUUGAAUCACGCUGGUGCUACUGGUUACAAAAUCUCGAAGGAGAGGUUGACCGUACUUUUAUGCAGUAGUGCUUCAGGUGAGAAGUUACCCAUGAGGAUGAUCAGCCAGCGGAGGAACAUCCUUCUGUUUGUUGACAACGCUCCGCCUCAUCGGAAUGUCGGCACAUUUACUAAUGUACGUAUUGAAUACCUCCCUCCGAAUUCUACUGCUAUGACACAGCCCAUGGAUCAAGGCAUCAUCUGGUCAUUGAAGUGUAAGUAUCGGAAAAGGCUCCUGGAAUUUCUCCUGCCCACAUGUGAUCCUGAGAAGCUUCCAAGCUGUUCUGAAAGUUUCCAUUUGCUACAAGCGAUGCGAUUUCUCAAGGCUGCUUGGGAUAAUGUUCAUCCGAACACAAUAAUUAAUGGUUUUGUCAAAGCCAGAUUUUUCUCACAGCCAGAAUUGGCUGACCAAUCAAAUGACAACUGUAAUUUGAUCGAAGAUUUCCAUAAAUAUGUGGCUCUUGAUGAAGAAUUAUUUGCGCUGGAAGUGCGAGAAAUUGAUUUGGACAAUGAUAGUGAUGAGGUGAGUGGACUGAUUCAUUUUGUGGUAACUCCUAAAUUGCAGGAAUUUUCAGGGGUAGACACUGAUACCCUCAAUCCGAUCGUUCAUGAGCCCGAGAGGUCUGCAAAUGUAGUAUCCCAAAUCGACGCAGAGAAAUCCGUCGAACUCCUGAAGUCGUACAUUCUUUUCCAUCCAAAAAUGCCAAUAGCAGCUGUAGAUCACAUGAGCCAAAUCGGUGCCUGGGUGGCUGCAGAAGGUGUAAGGGCUGCCGCACACAGGAGGCAGUCUAAAAUAUCCGAGUUCUGGAACUGA